AUGCCAACGCCUGUAUUGCCUUCUAAAUCGGAAAGGCGUCUUAAGAAGCAAGGAGCCGCCAUAUUCCCUCUACAGAGGCUCAUUAUUAUUAUCUUGGUGGUCCUGACGAUAGGUUCCUUUGUCUAUUUCAAUGUCAGGAUAAUACUGAAUCAAAAUUAUGACACUGGCACAUCUGUGCUGGCUCCCUUGGAAGAUUCGCUGGGAGAUGAGAAAAAUGCUGUAACCAAUGCUGAUAUUACGAAUCGGAUACUCCAACAACCGCCAACUUCACCGCCGACGGAACCGAUACCAGAUGUCUUGUUGUCUGUCCCCUUUUAUGUCUAUGAGGACUUUGCAUGGAUCAAUGGGACGAUUGACAAGCACUUGAUUUCCAAUCGAAACUUGCAUCAUAGUUUCAAUGGAACCAAUCGCUUCAAACAUGGGGAUGACUACUUCUUUCUCCUGGCAAGUCUGAAUCAUCCCAUGAGGACAAGGAAUAUUCACGAAGCCAGGCUCUUCUUUGUUCCUACACUGCUGAAUCAUUAUGACUACUACGUGGAAUACCUCAAGUGGGAACUAUGUGUCAACGAUCGAUGUGACAUGGAACUUAUUGACUAUACACGAGAACAAUUGGAAAAAUCCACAGCAUUUCAAUUGUAUCCAGAGAAACAUCUGGUGGUCCGAUCUCAUUUUGUCAGUCCCCAAUUGGACCGACAAAAGAAGUAUCGCAAGGUACCAGGAUAUGACGCAUUCUUUAAGGAAACCCUUACCAAAAUGAGUGUGGUAACCUUUGAAGCCAAAGAAUUCUCUAUUGACCCUCGGCAUGCAACCCAAGCAAAACAGCACUAUCACUUUCCAUCCUACUAUGUUGGGUCGCCGUGUUUGGGGAUUGAUGGGUCCACGACGAGCAAUCGAAGUUUGGAUGUGGCCUUGAUUGCUGCCAUGAAGGAUGAAUUUCACAGUCGACAGCUAAUUUGUGACUGGCUCGCCAAGAGAUCUCCGGCCAUCCAGUCGGUUUGUGGCAAAGGAAAUCGUUGUCCGACACUGACACAAACCAAGUUUGGCUUUCAUGUGGCGGGUGAUACCUUUGGAUCCCAGCGGCUUAUGGAUCUAAUCAUGUGUGGGGCCGUUCCAAUCUUUACGGAUGCUAGUCAAUAUGCCAUUUUGGGUGAUUGGAUCGAUUGGGAUCAAUUGUCAUACUUCUUACCGGUAUACGACAGUUCGACGAUCAACAAUAGCACUGGACUGCCUCUUGACGACAACGAUCUGGAAGUGAAUUUUAUGCAACGAUUUGAAGCCAUACUUCAUGACAACGUAGGAUAUGAGCAACGACGGCAGGCAGUUGUCCAACAUAUACCGCUAUUUGAUUACAACACCAUCUAUCCAUUUGAUACAUUCAUGUACCUAUUCCAAGCCAAAGUUUAUCCAGAAACAAGACGCACAACGAGCAAAUGGCCUGCCCUCGUUCUUCCUCCUGCCGUGAAUACACACAAACCUUAG